AUGUUAAAUUCAGAAAUUUGUAACAAUAUUAUCUUGUUGAAAAGUUAUUUUAUAUUUGAUACUUCAGUGAAUAGCAGAUCAAUUCGAAUCAGACGUCAAGCAUUCCCACCAAAUCCAGCACCAUUUCAACCUCGAAUUGAAGAUUACAACCUUCCACCUUUUUAUCAGCCCUUCCCAGGACGAGAUGCAUCAUCAUUAUCACCGAUAUUCCCAUUCACAUCACAAUUCAGCGAAGGCUUAGAUGUAAAUCCUGGAACUCGAUUAACCGUUGAUGGAAAUAUCAAUAUACCCAUAUUUGGCUGGGGUAUAUGGGAUUACAAAGGCGGGCUUAAAGUAGGCAGACCAAAUACUCGAGUUGGCUUUGGAACGCUGAAUCGUCCAACUAAUGUACUCGGAAUAAGCCCAGAAACUUUGGCUACGCUUGGUACUGAUCCAUUUUUCAAUGAAGCACGUACUCAGAUACCUUCGAUACCAGUUGCAGUACUACCUGGUAAUUUUGUUCCACUUCGAUGCAAACCACCUUUUUGCAAUCCGUUUUUACACAACUUUGCAUGGGGUGUAGAUGUUGAACCAGGCGACGAUUACCUCUUUGAUGGAGGUAUUGAUUUUCCCAUACCACUCGCUCCAGGAGGCGUAGGAAUCCGAUUUCCAUUGAACGGAGCAGUCAACGUAGGUUCAGACCCCUUCCUCCUCACAUAUGGCCAUGGGCUGGGUCCCGCAGAACCACCAAAUUUCCAAAGCAAAACUAGCUUUGAGUCAUCGUCUCAACAAGAGAACUGA